CCACUCAUGCUGAGCCUCCGCUCUGGUUCUACACUGCAGGUGGUGAAGGCAUUUAUUGUCCUGACCCCGGAAUACCUCUCCCAUGACCGGGACCAGCUCACCCAGGAGCUGCAGCAGCAUGUGAAGUCAGUGACAGCCCCAUAUAAGUACCCGAGGAAGGUGGAAUUUGUCUCAGAGCUGCCCAAAACCAUCACUGGCAAGAUUAAGAGAAGUGAACUUCGGAAAAAGGAGUUUGGUCAUAUAUAAUCAGCAAAACACUCAGAAACCACUGUGUGAUCUUGCUCUAAUCCCAGGCUGCCUCAGUUUCCCCACUGUGAGCAGGGGAAUAUAGAGCAUUGUUUUGUCAGAGCAUCAGGAGUGUCCACAUUCUAGGUUUCUGGUUCUUUUCAGUUAGCAUCAGCUAUUGCCCUCCCUUCACAUCCUUGGGUCAUUUCUCUGAUUGUGGCCUGGUUAAUAAAACA